AGGAAAAUGUAAGCUCGGGCUCUAACCAAAAUAGUGAUUAAUCGCAGACAACAACUUAAUACUCACUAUUCCACCAACCUCUAAAAUAAAAACUCACAAACCUAACACGAGCAAAACACAACGAGACAAGACUUUGUGCAUAAUAAACCAUACUGGCAAAAUACUGCACCAGAUUAAACAAGACCAACAAAUUCUUUGGAGGACAUAAACCCAUCCCUUAUCAUCAUCAUCUUCUUCUCCUUCUCCUUCUGUUUCAUUUCCUGAAAAUGGAUUCCAAGAACCAAUCUUCAGACAACCCAGAAAACCAAACACCUCAAGAAGACCAACAACUUGUCCCAUGUCCACCUCUACCCAUAGCCUCCAUCUCACUUUCUCUCUCUACAAUUCUCCCCACCCACUUCCUUAUUCCUCCCAAAAUCUCCUCCACCCUUUUCAGACCCAACAAAGUUAAAAUCCCAACCCAAAUUUCAUCUCUUUCGAAUCUUUCUCUUUCAGCUUCAGCUUCCCUCCCUCCUCCUACAAAAUCCAACUUCAAGUCAACCUUCUCCGCGAACCCACUUCAGGAUUCUCUCACUCUAAACCCACUUCGCCCUUCUGAGCCCUCUAAUGCCGCAGGCCUUCGACGAGCAUCCAUUGUUUGGUUCCGUAACGAUCUCCGUGUCCACGACAACGAGUCCCUCAACGCUGCCCACAAUGAGUCCAUGUCUGUUUUACCCGUUUACUGUUUUGACCCGAGAGAUUACGGUAAAUCCUCAUCUGGGUUUGAUAAAACCGGUCCAUAUCGCGCUAGUUUCCUGAUUGAAUCCGUCACUGACCUUAGGAAGAAUUUACAGGCAAGAGGGUCUGAUCUUGUUGUUAGAAUUGGAAAACCAGAGACUGUGUUGGUUGAAUUAGCUAAAGCUGUGGGAGCUGAAGCAGUGUAUGCUCAUAGAGAAGUUUCGUAUGAUGAGGUUAAAGGGGAAGAUAAGAUUGAGAGUGUAAUGAAGGAUGAGGGAGUGGAGGUUAAGUAUUUUUGGGGUAGUACAUUGUACCAUGUUGAUGAUUUGCCUUUUAAGUUGGAGGAAAUGCCAACGAAUUACGGAGGGUUUAGAGAAAAAGUGCAAGGAUUGGAGGUAAGGAAGACGAUCGAGGCAUUGGAUCAGUUGAGGGGAUUGCCUGCCAGAGGUGAUGUGGAAACUGGGGAGAUUCCUUCUUUGGUUGAUUUGGGCCUCAAUCCGAGCACCACCCUGGGUCAGAAUGGAAAACCAGCUGCUAAUGCUUCCCUUGUGGGAGGAGAGAAUGAAGCACUGCAGAGACUCAGAAAAUUUGCAGCCGAAUGUCAAGCCCAACCAAAUAAGGAAAACAAAGAUGGCACUACUGACAGCAUAUAUGGUGCAAACUUUUCUUGCAAAAUAUCUCCUUGGCUCGCUAUGGGAUGUCUCUCUCCUCGUUCCAUGUUUGAUGAAUUGAAAAAGUCCACUUCAAGAACGAUUUCUGCUGCCUCUAGCCAGAAAGAUGGUGGUAGUGGCACUGGACUGAACUGGCUGAUGUAUGAGCUGUUAUGGAGGGAUUUUUUCAGAUUCAUCACCAAGAAAUAUAGUGCUGCAAAACAAAAUAGUGCUGUGCCAGUUACUGCUUGUGUAGGAGCUGCUGCUUGAGGAUGGUCUAUUCCAAGAGGAGAAUGGAGGUUUCCUUUUUGUAUGUUGAUGAUUCUUUCCAGAAGUUUAGCCGUAGAAUUUAGAGUUGGAUUGUCUUGAGAUUGAAGUAUUCAUCAAUGAUAUAUUUUAUCUAGACAAUAAGUGUUGGAUAUGGAAGAAUUCGCCGCCA